AUGGAGAACAGAACCCAAGUGACUCAGUUCAUCCUGCUUGGACUAAACAAUGCCCCAGAGCUGAAGAUCCCUCUCUUUAUCUUAUUCACCCUCAUUUACCUCAUCAAUGUGCUUGGGAACCUGGGGGUAAUCCUGGUGAUAUUAGUGGACUCUCGUCUCCACACACCCAUGUACUUUUUCCUCAGUAACUUGUCUCUGACGGACCUUGGUUAUUCCUCAGCUGUUACUCCCACAUUGUUAGCUGGGCUCCUUAUAGGAGACAAUAUCAUCUCCUACAAUGCAUGUGCUGCUCAGAUGUUCUUUUCUGUAGUAUUUGCUACUGUGGAAAAUUUCCUGUUGGCUUUAAUGGCCUAUGACCGCUACGUGGCAGUGUGUAAACCCCUACAUUACACCACCACCAUGACAACAACUGUGUGUGCUUGUCUGGCCAUAGGUUCCUAUUUCUGGGGUUUCCUAAAUUCUUCCAUCCACAUUGGGAACACAUUCAGGCUCUCUUUCUGUAUGUCCAAUGCGGUCCAUCACUUUUUCUGUGAUAUCCCAGCUGUCAUGGUUCUCUCUUGCUCUGAUAGACAUAUUAGUGAGAUGGUUCUUAUUGUUAUGGCAACCUUCAAUGUCUUCUUUGCUCUUCUGGUUAUCUUGAUUUCCUGCUUGUUCAUAUUUAUCACCAUCUUCAAAUUACAUUCAGCUGAGGGAUACCAGAAGGCUGUAGCCACCUGUGCUUCCCACCUCACUGCAGUCUGCAUCUUCUAUGGGACCAUCAUCUUCAUGUACCUGCAGCCCAGCUCCAGUCAUUCCAUGGACACAGACAAAAUGGCAUCUGUGUUCUACACUGUGGUCAUCCCCAUGCUGAACCCUCUGGUCUACAGCCUGAGGAACAAGGAGGUCAAGAAUGCAUUCAAAAAGGUUGUUGAGAUGAUAAAAUUGUCUCUUGGCUUAACGUUAUAG